AUGGAUGCCGGGUGGGUCUUCAGAGUGCCAGGUGCCGAUCAUCGAGUACCACUGGUCGAACAGGAUGUGACGCAGCAGCUCGUGCUCAUGCCAUGGCAUUUAAGUUUUCGGCCAGAACAUUCUCAGAAGGGCAAGAGCAAAAUGCUGAAUGUCAUCCGGUGUGCCGCUGACUUUCUAGAAAAGCCCUAUGAUAGCUUGACAAAUCCGAUUCAACUCUGGCUUCCUCCAGGGCUGCCUGCUGCCGGAGAACCUCUGCCGGACUUCGCCCUCGGCCAUUCGAUCGGCUUCACAAAGAGCUUAGCGAUCAAGGCGAUCCUCUUUGCAGUCCACAAGAUGAAGGACCUAUCAGACGAGGAUGUGAAGCACAUUCUGCCACAGCUGCAGGACAAGUUCGCAGAAGCAGCUCGACCAAGGCCAGAUCCCAUUCAGGUUUCGACAUUGCUCAUGGCACAAGCGAAAGAGGAAGGUCUUGCAUGGACUGAAUGUGCAAGUCUCAUGAUCGACGAGUUCAAUGGUGGCUCGAGCAACGAGGCCAAGAAGCUUUCAGAGCUGGAGACCAGCAUAGUCGUCAUCUAUCCCAGCCUCGACUUGGACACCCAGCAGCUCAUCGACUACCACUGGCAGCUGUAUGCACCCAAACAGUCUGCCAUUCCUUACAAGGCAGACAAUCGCAAGAGGCACUGGUUCGUGAGGCGGAAGGUGCAGUACUUUCUCUUCAAGCUGCAAGAUGCCAAGCGGUUGAAGAAGAAGAUCAACUUGGCCACAGGAGCAGCAAAUUAUCGAGACCCAAAAGAAGCAGACGCGGCUUGGGGUAUGUCGGCUCUCUUCGCACACUUCCACUCAGAGUUUGAGAGGGUGCUGACCUCUAUGCAGCUGCAGCAGCUCGAAACCAAAUUUGCACGAGGCUACCUGGACAUCGAGCUCUUCGAAAAGUUCCGUGUCAUGAACCCACAGUUGAAGGUGGAGAACUUCAGAUUUCUGGCAGAUGUCGGUGCGAAGGUCGCUUGCAAAGUCCCCGAUUCCCAGAUCUCAGAGUCCGAAGCUGACCUCGAUGUGCAGAAGGCAGAGCUUGCAAAAGCGAUUGCCAAAGUCACCAAGGAGGUGGCCGGGUGGUCCAGCUACCAGGAGAAGAAAUCCGACUUCGCUCGGAGUGCGAAAGGUCUCGCAGCAGAAGCCCAGGACGAGCAAAAGGCUUUGCAGAAGCAGGCCGUGGAGAAGUGGCAGGAAAACCGGUAUCCGGUUCGGGACUUGCACGAGGCCUCCCACGCCAUCACGUUUGCUGAAACCUGUGUUCGCAAGUUCCAGGAUGAGCAGAGCAUUCCUGAUUGCAACAUGUUCAAGGUCUUCUGGAUGAACCCAAGUGUGCUUGGCUACGACUCCUACAGCGGUACGCAAGCUGCUAUCGCAACCUACGCUCCGCUUGUCGCGGAAGAUCCGGCCAAGACUGUGAUGAUCAUCGCGGAAUACAUCGAGGCCAAUGUCGGGGAGGCCACACAGAAGAUCUCCGAGUGUGUGUCCCAGCCGGAGAACCGACUUCUCGUUCGCGAGGUCCUGAUGUGCUUCGACCAGAACAGCAUCCCGCCGCAAUCCAAAAGGCCGGGCUUCCACAAGUUCUUUAUUGCCCUCUCUGACCAGUGCGACAAGGAGGGCCGCUUGAUCUCGGAGUUUUCAAAGUCGGCGCUUUGGAAACGGCAGAUGCUUCCGGUGACUGUGAAGAACUCCGUGACGCCGAUUCCCAUGUUGGCCCAGAAAGACAUGGUUGACCCACGCGGAGGUUUCAGCCAAGCUGGUGUUGUUACAGACGGUGCCAGCAAGCCGUCUCGACGCAAGCAGUGGAUUGGAGGAUUCAACAUUCCGGCAGCGUUCCACGAUGCUCUGUGGCAGGGUCUCACACUUCAACAGCCAUCAGGUGUUUCUUGGGUGGAUGUGUUCGCCUACGACCACUCUGUGGCCGAAGCAUUGAUGAGACGUGCUGCAAGUCCAGCUGUUCCCGCCCCGCAAGCAAUCUAUGUUGGUGUCGUGUGGGCUGACACGAACAGUCGAGACGACAAACACACAGAGAAGGGGGCUGCGAUUGACUCGAGAAAAGAGAACGCAAAGAUCUCACGCUGGCUACAGUCGUCCAUCCGCCGAAAGUUGCAGCACCUUGCGCAGGAGAAGGUCAUCUCAAUUCCGGACUGGAAGCCACUCGUGUCUUUCAAGGACAUGCGGGAAGUACCCGCCGUUCAGGAGAAGGAUUUCGUGGCCACCUUCCCAGGAGCAGCGGACACCAUCCCUUUCAAGGCCACCUACCUGGAGGAGAUGGACAAGAAGCUUAACAACCCUGAUCUCCGAGACCAGUGGGACCGCUUCGUCAAGGAUCACAACGAAUGCUACAACAAGAGCGGAAAGCCGCGCCAGGGUGAGAAGCGUUCCGCUGACGAGGCGGCCGGCGGGCCACCGCAAAAGAAGGCGAGACUCCUGAGUUCAGAGUCCCUGAACCCAGAGUCCCUAACCGUGGAGCAGAUGAAGGAGAAGGAAGGGCCGGUGGUGGAGAUUGACCAGAAGACCUACAAGGUUUUCUUCACGUCCAAGGGUUCAAUUUGGAUCCAGACCACGUGCGAGGUGGAGCUGGACGACACCAGUCCUCUGGCCCUGACUUUUGGCAAGUUCAAGAUCAAUGAGGAAGCGGAGGCGGCUCUCAAGGAGGACAAGGUGGAGAUGAUGGACGUUGGCUUCGGCAGCGACGUGGACAUGUGUGGAGCUCGCAAGCUUUCAGACAACAAGCCGGAAAUCUCGCCGUUGAAGACACUUCGCACACACUUGCAGUGGAUGGAAGAGAAGAAAAUGGAUGUCACCAGCAUCGAGUUUGCCUGUCACAAAUUGAAGCCCAAGGUUGAGAAGGAUCGUGUUUUCGAUGUGAAGAAGUGCGAUCCUUGUGUCUUCAUCCCUCAGCCGACCCCGCGCAAGAUGACGAACAAGAAAGCCCAGCCUGAUUGGGACGACGUGGGCAGCAUUGCCCUCACCUCACCCGACACCAAGGCAGCCUGGAACCUGAAGGAUGGCAGCCAUGUCGAAGGCUUGGUUUCUUUGAAGCAGCGCUGGGUUUUGAUGGACAACGACCAAGGCCUCACUUUCAACCCAGAGAAACCUGGGAUUUAUUUCACAGGGCCUAUCAAGAUUGAGGCCAAGAAGCUGGUCCGUGAGCCUGAUUUGCAGGCGUCAAGGGCUUGUUUCUAG